AUGCGCGACGAGAUGCGGAAUACUACCACUGAGCCUAUCGCCAUCAUCGGCAGCGGCUGCAAAUUCCCCGGUGGUUCGACGACACCGUCCAAGCUGUGGGAGCUUCUGAAAGAUCCCAAGGAUAUCGUCAGUGAAAUCAGACCCGAUCGAUUCGACGUGGACAAGUAUUUUCAUCCCGACCAUAAACAUCACGGAACCAGCAAUGUUCGCCGGUCGUAUUUUCUCGAGGGAAACUUUAAGCAUUUCGAUGCCAAAUUCUUCGGAAUCAGGCCCCAGGAAGCAAUGGCCAUGGACCCUCAGCAACGGUUUCUGUUGGAAACGGUAUAUGAAAGCUUGGAGGCAGCUGGCAUCACCAUAAGUGACCUCAAAGGGUCCCAGGCCGGGGUUUUCGUCGGCAACAUGGGGGUCGACUACUCUGAGCUUCUGUCGCAGGAUGUAGAUGCUUUUCCGACGUAUUUUGCGCCCGGGACGGCGAGGAGCAUCUUGUCAAACAGAAUCUCGUACUUUUUUGACCUGCACGGCCCUUCCGUCACCGUCGAUACCGCAUGCUCUUCCAGCUUGGUGGCUGUUCACCAGGCGGUACAGAGUCUCCGCCUUGGCGAGACCCCGGUGGCCAUCGUUUGCGGCGCCAACCUUUUGCUGGGACCGGCCCAGUAUAUUGCCGAGAGCAAGCUCCAGAUGCUUUCUCCAAACGGCCGCUCGCGUAUGUGGGAUGCAUCGGCGGAUGGAUAUGCUCGUGGCGAGGGCUUUGCCUCGAUUGUGCUGAAGCCGCUCAGUGUCGCCUUGGCCAACGGCGACCAUAUCGAGUGCAUCAUUCGAGAGACCGGUUGUAACCAGGAUGGUCGGACUAAAGGCAUUACAAUGCCCAGCCCACUCGCCCAGUGCAAACUCAUCCAGGAGACCUACAAGCGGGCGGGUCUCGACCUCAGCAAAAGCUCAGACAGGCCGCAGUAUUUCGAGGCACACGGCACCGGCACCCCGGCGGGAGAUCCCGUCGAGGCGGAGGCCAUCAGCAAGGCAUUCUUUGGUCCCGAGAGUGGCUUUUGCAGAGCGCCCGACGACCCGAAACUCUACGUCGGGUCGGUCAAGACCGUGAUUGGCCACACAGAAGGCACGGCUGGGCUCGCCGGCUUGAUCAAAGCCGCGCUCGCCAUGAAGGCCAGGAGCAUCCCGCCAAAUCUGCACCUGGAGCGCGUGAGCCCCGCCGUCGAGCCGUUCUAUGGGAACCUCGAAAUCCCGACGCGGCUGAUGGACUGGCCCGAGCCCGCACCCGGCCAGCCCCUCCGUGCCAGCGUCAACAGCUUCGGGUUUGGUGGCGCCAACGCGCACGUCAUUUUGGAGAGUUACACGCCGGCCGCCGAGGUUGCAGUGCUCCCCUCCACGGCUCCGGCUGGCCCCGUGUUCUCGCCUUUUGUCUUCUCGGCCAGCUCGGAUAGGGCACUAGCGAGCAUGCUGUCUGCCUAUGGCGACUAUUUGAGUCUGAACCCCACGGUCGACCUGCGAUCCGUGGCGUAUACGCUGAGUCGACAUCGCUCCAUCUUGGACAAGCGCGCCGUGAUUUCCGCACCCGACCUCGACACCCUCAGAGCCAAGCUCAAGACACGCAGCGAGGAAGCCAGCCCCAGCGGCAACGCUGUGGUUCAGUCUCUGGAGCGACGUCCCCGCUACCUGGGCGUCUUUACGGGCCAAGGAGCGCAGUGGGCACGAAUGGGCGUGGAUGUCAUCAAUGCAUCUCCUGCCGCGAGGGCCAUUUUCCGAGAGCUGGAGCAGAGCCUCGACACCCUGCCGGAAGAGGACCGACCGUCUUGGUCCAUGCUGGAGGAGCUCCUGGCGCCCCCGGAGACUUCGCGCGUCUACCAGGCCCACAUCUCACAGACGGUCUGCACUGCUGUUCAAGUCAUGAUGGUGCAGCUCCUGCGCGCGGCCGGGGUCGAGUUCUCGUGCGUCGUAGGCCAUUCCUCGGGUGAGAUGGCGGCUGCGUACACGGCUGGCUACCUGUCUGCCAGGGACGCGGUGCGCGCCGCGUACUUUCGAGGAGUCCACUCUCGACUGGCAAAAGGGUCAGACGGCCAGCCGGGAGGCAUGAUUGCGGUCGGCACAAGUCUCGAGGACGCCGAGGAGCUGUGCGAGCUCGACGACUUCGAGGGUCGGCUGUGCGUCGCCGCGAGCAACUCGUCCGAGCUCGUGACGCUUUCGGGUGAUCUCGAUGCCGUGCAAGAGGUCAAGAAGAUCCUCGACGCCGAGGAGAAGUUCAACAAGCAGCUCCAGGUCGACAAGGGAUACCACUCGCACCACAUGCUGCCGUGCAGUGAGCCGUACGUUGCUUCUCUGCAAAAGUGCGGCAUCCAGGCUCAGGUGCCGAGCGAUUCCAUGGCGUGCCGAUGGAUUUCGAGCGUCUACGUUGAUGACAUGGCCAACCGCCUGGACUGCCGGGUCCAGGACAAAUACUGGAUCGAGAACCUGGUCAAGCCUGUCAUGUUUUCUCAGGCGCUGUCCUAUGCCCUGGGCGGCGAUGACAAGUUUGAUUGCGUCAUCGAGGUCGGCCCUCACCCGGCACUCAAGGGGCCAGCCAGCCAGACGAUCCAGGCCUGCCUCGGCGAAAGACUGCCGUAUUUUGGAUGUCUGAGCAGGGGCACCGACAGCAACGAAUCCUUCGCAGAGUGUCUUGGUGGAAUCUGGUCGGCGUUCGGCAGCUCGGCCGUCGACCUGGCCGCCUACGAAAGAUUUGCAACCGGGGGUUGUGACCAACGCCUAGUCAAGGAGCUUCCAUCUUACCCGUGGGAUCAUGACGUCGAGCACUACGUCCAGUCUCGUCUCUCAAAGGUCGUGCUGCACAGAGGUACCCCACCCAAUGAGCUGCUGGGCACCAGACUCCCCGACGACACUGCGGGCGAGGUGCGGUGGCGGAACAUUCUACAUCCGGGAGAGCUCCCAUGGUUGUUGCAGCAUUCGGCGCAGGGUCAGACCGUCUUUCCGGGCACAGGCUACAUCGCCACCACGCUGGAGGCGGUCAAGCAGCUGUUUGAGAGCAACGGAGUGCAAACGGUAGAGAUACGAGAUGUGGUUAUCGGCAACGCCCUCGUCAUCGAGGCAAACACGGGCGUGGAAACGCUCUUUUCAUUAACCGGCAUCAGCACCACCCAGAUGGACCGCAUCACCGCCCACUUUUCAUUCUGCAGCCAGCAGGGUGGCAGCACCAAGCUGGUGGAGAAUGCAUCUGGAGAUGUUGUGGUGGUUCUCGGUGAGCCCUCGGAUGAUGCACUGCCCGGGAAUUUCCACCCAGGCACGCAGAUGAAGGACAUUGACGAGGAGCGCUUCUACGAGGCCAUUGACAAGCUUGGCUACGGCUACGAGGGUCCAUUCCGGGCCCUUUCGCGCCUGCAACGCCGGAUGGGGGCAGCCACUGGUCUCGUGGCGAUCCCGGAAAAGACAAAGCACUUUGACCAGAUGGUCCUCCACCCCGCAGCCCUCGAUGCCAUGGUGCAAACCGUCCUGCUGGCCUACUGUUACCCUGGCGACACCCGCCUCCAGGGAAUUUCCCUCCCCACCGGGAUCGACUGCAUCCGGUUCAACUACGGCAUGCUUAGCCAGGCGGCCAAGCCUGGCUCUCAGCUCCGGUUCCUCUCCCACACUGCCUUUGAGGGCGAUGAUGUCCUGGGCGGGGUCGGAGGCGACGUCGGCGGCGACGUCGACGUCUUUUCCGAGGACGAGAGGGUUGCGCUCAUUCAGCUCCAGGGCCUCCACACGAAGCCGCUCUCUCCACCGUCGGCCGCGACCGACCUGCAGAUCUUUUCCGAGAUGGAGUGGAAGACCAUCUCCCCCGAGGGAGGCGACAUGGAGGUGCGCGGCGAGAAGCGCGCCUACGUGGCCGACUUGUACUUCUCCAUGGAGCGCGUGGCCUACUUUUACAUGCGCCAUGUCCAUCGUGCCAUUGGCCAGGACCGCUCCGGUCUGGCUCCUCACCAAGUUCGGUUCCUCGAGUGGGUUGAUCACAUGUGCGGUCGCGUCGAGGAGGGCACGCUUCCUCACAUCAGCCGCAAGUGGGACCACGACACCCGGCAAGACAUCCUCAAGACCAUUGCCAAAUACCCCGACAGCAUCGACCUCGAGCUGAUGCAUGCGGUGGGAGAGAACCUCUACUCUGUCUUUAGAGGAGAGAUGAAUGCGCUGGAGCCCAUGGUCAAGAAGAACAUGCUCAACAGGUUCUACUCGGACGCCCUCGGCAUGUCGUCAUACACCGAGGACCUUGCCCGCAUGGUGGGCCACAUCACGCAUCGCUAUCCUCACAUGAACAUCCUCGAGGUCGGUGCAGGAACCGGUGGUGCGACCAAGGUCAUGCUCAGGACACUAAAGGACGCCUUUGCCUCGUACACCUAUACCGACAUUUCUAGCGGCUUUUUUGCCGAUGCUCGCCAGGUGUUCAAGGCGCACGAGAGCAAGAUGUUGUUCAAGACGCUGGAUAUCGAGAAGGACAUUGUCGAUCAGGGCUACGAGGAGAACUCGUUCGACUUGGUCAUUGCCAACCUGGUCGUGCACGCCACAGCCGACCUGGACGCAACCAUGGGCCGCCUCCGACGCCUCGUCAAGCCCGGUGGUCAUCUCGUACUUCUCGAAAUUACCACCAACGACCCUCUGAGGUUUGGAUUCAUCUUCGGACCACUCCCAGGCUGGUGGCUCGGAGGCGAAGACGGACGUGUCCAUUCCCCAUGUGUCGACGUCGAAUGGUGGGACCGGGUCAUGAAACGGAACGGUUUCUCCGGCGCAGAGACCGUCACGCCGCACCACAGCCUGUGCCCACUUUCGGUGAUUAUGACCCAGGCCGUCGACGACCGUGUGAAGCUCCUCAGGGAGCCAACCACGGCCGAUUUCGGAGACUUCACCAUCGAUCCCGCAAGACUGACCAUCGUCGGAGGAGCCAAGCCGUUGGCAAAGAGCCUGGAGCAGCUGCUCAGACCGCGCUAUCAGAGCGUCACAUGGAUACCCGUUUUGGAGGAGGUGGCGUCGUCACGGAGCCUCCCCGUCAUGGGAAGCGUGCUGUCCCUCGUCGAGCUCGACGAGCCCCUGUUCAAGGACAUGACGGCCCAGACGCUCGAGGGCUUCAAGCUCAUACUUCAACAAUCCAGGAGCGAGCCCGAGUUGAGGUUCGACGGAAAGAAUAUCCUCGUCCCUCGUAUGAAGCUGAGCAAAGACCGCAAUGGUCGGUACAACUCGCGCAGGCGUCGAUUGACCAAGAGUGUCGAUCCACGCGAGGUUCCGGUUUCUUUGGUCCCCAUGGGGAAAGACCUUGUUCUCCAAGAGUCUCCUUCAUCCUGCACCAAGCACGGCCAAGACAUGGUGUCGUUGAGGGUCCAUUAUGCCAUGCACCGCUCGGUGAGGCUGGAAUCCUCCGACUACCUCUUCCUCGUCCUGGGCACCCAACUCUCUUCGGGCGAAGCCAUGUUUGCCCUGGCAGACUCCAACGAGUCGAUUGUGCACGUAGACCGGCGGUGGACGACGUCAUAUGCUGGAAACAUGGAUCACGGCAAGCACGCGCUGGCUGGUCUGUACACGCAGAUGGUCGCGUCGACGGUGGUGGCGGGCCUUUGCUCGGGCGACUCGCUCGUCGUGCUCGACGCAGGAACGCCGCUCUCCCUGGCCCUCUCGGCUCGCUGUGCCGCAAAGGGUAUACGGCUCACCUUGCUCAGCACCACCACCGGCUCGGGCUCCGAGUCUGGCGGUUCCGAGUCUGGCGGUACCAACAAGACCGUUCACAUCCACCCCUUGGAAUCUCGUCGAUCCAUCGAGUCGAAACUGCCAACCAACGCCACUUGCUUCCUCAACCUCUCCACCACCAGCAGCAACGACAACGUGGCCGCGGUCGUCAUCAACAGUUACAUCCCGACGCAGUGCCGGGUGGAGACCCGCGACACGCUGACUGCGACAGUAGGCCAGGUCGCCAGGCCCACCUCCUCCAUCGGCCAGGCCCCUGCCGUCGGAGACGUCAUGCGCGCCUGCUGGGCCAACGUCGAGGCCGUGGGGCGAGACUUGGCAUCCUUUUCGGCCGCCGUUGUCACCCCCACAGAGCUCACCGCCGCGGUCGGGAAGACGAACGGCCCCAGAGUUGGCAACGAUGCCCUUUCGCUUGUGGUUGACUGGACUGCAGAAUCAGAAGUCGGCGUGCUGAUCCAGCCUGCCGACUCCAUGGUGAGAUUCAAGAAGGACAAGACCUAUUGGUUGGUUGGUCUCACCGGAGGCCUUGCCCUCUCGCUCUGUCGUUGGAUGGUGAACCGAGGUGCCAGAUAUGUCGUCAUGACCAGUCGCAAUCCAAAGAUUGACAAAGAGUGGCUUCAAGGCGUGGAAUCUUGUGGUGCCACGGUCAAGAUAUUUUCCAACGACGUUACCGAUCGUGCAGCAGUCAACUCAGCCUACCUUAGCAUUUCUGCCACCCUGCCUCCAAUUGCCGGCGUGGUUCAAGGUGCCAUGGUUCUCCGAGAUGCCAUGUUUGCCGAGACGACCAUGGAAACUGUCGAAAGCAUUCUCGGGCCCAAGGUCCGCGGUAGCAUCUACCUGGACGAGAUUUUCUACUCGACGCCUCUGGACUUUUUCGUCUUUCUGUCCUCUGUUACCGCCACAUCCGCGAAUCCCGGACAGAGCAUCUACGCCGGAGCCAACAUGUUUAUGAACUCCCUUGCAGCCCAGCGCCGGAAGCGGGGUGUUGCCGGCUCGACAGUGGAGAUUGGCUGCAUCAUGGGCAACGGCUCCGUCACGGCCAUCCUGAGCUACGAACACCAAAAAUACCUCUUCUCGGUCGGUAACAUGUGGCUGGCCGAGCAGGACUUCCUUACCAUGUUUGCCGAAGCAGUCCUCGCGAGCCCACCCGACUCGUCGGACUCGGUCACCUCGGUGACUGGUCUCCGUCUUCAGUUCAAUGACGACAAGCCGGACAUUACAUGGUUCAGCAAUCCCAUCUUUCAACACCUGGUCCUGCAGAGUGGCAACGCCAUGCAGACCGCUUUGAGCGUGGCGAGGCAGGGCACUAUGGUGAAAACCCUUCUUCAAGAGGCCGAGAGCUCCGAGGAAGUGUUUGACAUUCUCAAAGCCGCAUUUACGGCAAAAUUGGUUUCGUCCCUCCAAGCCGACCCGGACAGCAGCCUACUAGAAAAGGAUCUGGAAACGCUGGGCAUGGAUUCACUGGUCGCCGUCGAUUUCAAAUCUUGGUUUUUGUCAGAGCUUCUUGUCGAUGUUCCCGUUUUGAAGAUUCUCAACGGCAGCACGGCCCAAUUGCUGCUUAAAUUUGUCCAGGGCCUAAUUCCCGCAUCCAUGACCCCCAAGCUCCACGACGGUUUAGACAAGGCCGAUGCUGCACCUCAAAAAGCACUGCCAGUAGCACCACCGCCGGUGACGAAACCCAAACCUGAAGUUUCGGUCCAGGUGCCGGCGCCGGUGCCGACCCAGCAACCGGUGGCUUCUGUCAAGCAAUCUGGCCCCGGUUCUGCGACCUCGCCGUCGUCGGCAACAGGAUCCUCAGCGCGGUCCAGGACGGUUGAUUCACCAGUAACUGCCGAAACGCCUCUCUCUCCCGCGACUUCUACAUCAAUGGCGUCAGCGUCGCUCAACGAUUCGAGGAAGCUCAUUCGGACGGUCCCCGUCUCUUUUGGCCAGUCGCGCUUCUGGUUCCUGGGCUCGUACAACCCCGACCCGCUGGCAUUCAACAUCACCUCGCUGAUGCACAUCAGUGGUCCGCUGAGGACGGAUGACUUCGCCAAGGCCGUCGACAAGGUUCUCAACCACCACGAGGCUCUCCGCACCUCGUUCGUGUCGGAGGGUGAUUCCCCGGUGCAAAAGAUUUGGAGCUCGCCGGCGUUUGGACUCGAGCAACGCAGGAUAGCUGACGACGAGAGCGAGGUUGUCAAGGCCUGCACCGAGAUCCAAAACACGCGCUACAACCUCGAGGAGGGUCAGACGAUGCGAAUCAUGCUCCUCACGAGAUCGCCGACCAAACACGACCUCGUUCUUGGCUACCAUCACAUCAACAUGGACGGAGUCAGCUUCGAGGUGCUUUUCGCCGAUAUCGAAAAGGCGUACAACCGCACACCUCUGGAUCCUUCAGUCAUGCAGUUCCCCGACUUUGCCAUCAAGGAAGCCAGCGAGUACAGAUCUGGCGCGUGGAAAUCCGAGCUGCAGUAUUGGCAGAGCAAGUUCGCCAGCCUCCCGGAGCCGACACCUCUCUUGUCCGUCUCGAAGCGAAGGACAAGGCCCGUCAACCUCAGCUACACCACGCACUCGGUCAACCGCAGGAUCAACGCCGAGCAAUCCCGAGCGAUCCAGACCGUCGGCCGUAAAUUCAAGGCCACGCCCUUCCACUUCUACCUCUCCGUCUUCAAGACCUUGAUCGCUCGCUUCAGUGGCGCCGACGACUUUUGCAUUGGCAUCGCCGACGCCAACAGAAAGGAAGACAAGGUCAUGGGAGCCGUCGGCCUCUAUCUCAACCUUUUGCCCCUGCGCGUGCGGAGCGCACUCGCGCAGACAUUUGGGGAGACUUUGGCAGAAAUGAAAAAGGUGUCGCAGGAAGCAUUCGCCAAUUCCAAGGUGCCCUUCGACGUCCUCCUCAACGAGCUCAGCGUCCCCCGCUCAUCGUCACAGACGCCUCUGUUCCAGACCUUUGUCAACUACCGACGAGGCGUCUCCGAGGAGCGGUCGUUCUGCGGCUGCACCGGCGCCGGCGAGCUCAUCUCUGGCGGGCAGAUCGGUUACGACAUCAGCCUGGACAUUGUCGAGAAUCCCGGCGGAGAAGCUCUGGUGACUUUGAGUGUGCAGAAGGAUCUGUACGACGUCGAGAUGGCCAAACUGCUGCUCGACAGCUACUUCCGGCUCGUCGACUCGUUUGCCAAAAACCCGGCCAACAGCUUGAACCGCCCGGCAAUCUACGACCCCGUUGCUGUAGACAAGGCUUUGACGCUGGGCUGCGGCCCCACUCUUGAGGACUCGAGCUGGCCAGAGACCCUGGUCCACCGCAUCGAAAACAUGUCUGUCCAGUAUGCGACAAAGUUCGCCUUGCGCAACGGACAAGACGGUGGCCUGACCUACUCUCAGAUGACUGCUCGCAUCAAUGACAUCGCAGCAAGGCUGAUCCAAGCCAAAGUCGGUCCUGGGAUCGUGGGCGUGAUGCAGGCUUCCACCAUGGACUUUAUCUGUUCCAUCCUCGCUGUUUGGAAGGCCGGUGCCAUCUACACCCCCUUGGAUCCGCGCCUCAACUCGACCGACCGCCUCAAGGCCGUCGUGUACGAAUGUCAGCCUGCGUGCAUCCUCGUGGACGCUACCACCAAACCUUUGUUCGACAGCUUGUCGACCGACGCCGUCCAGAUCGACGUGUCGGCGGUGCCGAGCUCCAAAACGCUCCAGGAAUCACCAAAGGUUGCCAUACACGCCAAGGCCACCUCGGCGGCUGCCGUCUUUUACACGAGUGGUUCGACCGGCGUCCCCAAGGGCAUCACACUGAGCCACGCCUCCCUGAGGUACAACAUCAUGGCCGCCACGCAGCAGUUCGGCUUCAGGGAGGGCGUCGACGUCAUGCUGCAGCAAUCGUCCUUCAGCUUCGACAUGGCAUUGGCGCAGAUGCUGACGUCGCUCUCCAACGGCGGCACGCUCGUCGUCGUCCCGUCGCACCUGCGCGGCGACGCGUUGGGCCUGAGCCAGCUCAUCGUGGCCGAGAAGGUCAGCAUCGUGCAGGCGUCGCCUACCGAGUACAAGUCGUUGAUCGGCGUCAACGCCCAGCAUCUCAGGACUUCCAAGUGGAGGGUGGCUUUGAGUGGUGGCGAGAACAUGACCCAAAGCCUCCUCGAGGUCUUCCGCUCCCUCGGCAAGCCCGACCUCGUCCUUUUCAACGGCUACGGGCCCACCGAAGCCACCAUCAACGCAAACACCCGCGUGGUGCCUUACCAUGAACCAAACAGCAACCCAGACCUGCCGCUGUUGACCUGGCCAAACUACUCCGUUUCCAUCGUCGAUCCGGAGCUCAACCCGGUGCCGGCCGGCGUGUUUGGCGAGGUUUGCAUCGGUGGCGCAGGUGUCGGCCUGGGCUACUUCAAAAACGACCAACUCACCUCCAAGGCGUUCGUGGCAGACAAGACGGCGCCUGCCGAGUUCUUGGCCAAGGGGUGGAAGACCAAAUUCCGAACGGGCGACCUCGGACGCCUCAGUCCCGACGGCGGCCUAAUCAUCGAAGGUCGCAUCGACGGUGAUACUCAGAUCAAGCUCCGGGGCAUGCGCAUCGACCUGAAGAACAUCGAAUCCGCCAUCUUGCAAGCAGGCGCCGGCAAAAUCAUCGACGCAGCCGUGUCCGUCCGCCGCGGUGGCGCUGACGAGUCGGACCCGCAGUACCUGGUCGGCCACGUCGUGCUGGAUGCCGAUCUGGUUGAGAAUCAGAGCCCCCAGAACAGCCAACAAGACUUCCUCGCCCGGCUCAUCCCACGCCUGAGGCUCCCUCGGCACAUGAAGCCAUCCCUGCUCGUGCCCAUCCGCGCCUUGCCCCAAACCGCCUCCCACAAACUUGACCGCCGCGCCCUGCAGCAGCUGCCCAUCUCCGACGCGAGCCAGGUUGCCGAUCGGUCGUCGCAACAGGCCGCCGAACUCGGCUCCGAUCAGGCUCAGAUGUGGAAGCUCUGGCAGCAGGUCAUCCCCAGCGACGUCGCUUCCCAGUACACAAUCACGCCACAGUCCGACUUUUUCCACGUCGGCGGGACCUCGCUCCUUCUGGUGAAUCUGCAAAGCUUGGUGACAAAGAAGCACGGCAGGGCGCCACCCUUGCACGCAAUGUUUGAGUCGAGCACGAUUGCGGCCAUGACCGAUCUGGUGCUUUCCGACGACGCAUCCGGCAACAGCGCCCUGAUCGACUGGGAGCGGGAAACCUCGAUCCCGACGCUGCCUCCAAACAUCAUCCCCGGCGGGCCAGGGAACCAAGUCUCUGCGCCGCCCAGGGUGGUCCUGGUGACGGGCGCGACGGGGUUCCUGGGCCGGCAGCUCAUCGCCUUCCUGCUGCGCCAGCCCAGCGUCAGGCGCAUCCACUGCCUGGCGGUGCGCGGCGCCGCCGCCGCCGCCGCCGCCGCCGCUCCCCACUCGGCGGCGGCGCCCUUCUCGGACCCGCGCGUCAGCAUCCACCCCGGCAACCUCAACGCCCCGCACCUGGGCCUGGGCCAGGCCGUCGCCGAGUCGCUGUUUGCCCAGGCCGACGUCGUCAUCCACAACGGCGCCGACGUGUCGUUCCUCAAGACCUACGCCACCCUGCGCGCCACCAACGUCGGCAGCACGCGGGAGCUGGCCCGCCUCGCCGCCCCGCGCCGCAUCCCCUUCCACUUUGUGUCGAGCGCCAGCAUCACGCAGCUGACCGGCCUGGAGGAGUUUGGCGAGGCCAGCGUCGCGGCCUGGGCCCCGCCCACGGACCCCAGGGAGAUGAACGGCGGCUACGCGGCCGCCAAGUGGGCGUCCGAGGUCCUUUUGGAAAACGCCGCGCGCGCCUGGGGCCUGCCCGUCGUGAUCCACCGGCCGAGCAGCAUCACGGGCCAGGGCGCCAACAGCCUCGACCUCAUGGGCAACAUGUUCAAGUACAUCGAGCAGCUCGAGGCUGUGCCCGAGUCUGAUUCUUGGAAGGGCAACUUUGAUUUCGUGUCGGUCGAGAACGUCGCUGCCGACAUCGUCCAGGCCGUCGUCGCCGCAAACCUUGCAGCCGUCGGCCGUGUGAGGUAUAUCUACGAGGCUGGAGACAUUGUUUACCCGCUGUCCAUGGUCAAGGAUAUGUCUGAGCGUGGUGCCAAGUUACCUGUGAAGACGAUGCCAUUGACACAGUGGGUUGAGCAGGCGGCAGAGCUGGGCUUGGAUGCCAUGCUGGCUGAAUACCUCAUAAAGGCAGCAGGCACAGGGACCUCUCUGGCCUUUCCUAAACUUGGUGCUCUGACAAUGCCCACUCCCGCCGCUCCUCCUACUCCGCCUCCGGUCCCACAGCUUCCGAAUUCGGAGACAAGGCCGAACCGCCCAGCGCCUCACUCUUGCCAAUGGUGCGGCAUUGUUCGGCCGUCCGGGCCAUCGUAUCUGGAACAUUAUCGCGAAAACCACCGAAAAGAGGUCAUUGAACCUUUCAUGGUCGUGAAACAAACCCUCGCGCCAUUGAAACUGUCAAAAUGGCAAAUAUUCAAGCAUAUGACCAGAAUGCUCAUCUUUUCAUCCAAUACUCAUACAAUCAUUUUUUGCGUCUUGACGAGUCUUGCUGGAUACGUUGUAUUUCGAAUGAUUUGGGAUCGUCAGGAAACGUAUUCAGACUAUGGCCUUCCCGUUGUCAAAACCAAUGAUUACCAUUUCGACAACAUCAUUGCAGAGGGCAAGAGAUUGUAUCCAAACAAGGCUUUCAUGGCCAUCAACAAACGAUACAAGUUUGUGAUUUACCCGUCGAGCAGGUGGGAGGAGUUGAAGCGCAUUCCCGAGCAGACUGCUUCUAUCAUGGACUUCCAGCAUGUCUGCAACUCUGGCGAAUGGAGCCUGGUUGGCGGCGAGACGCAUGAACUCGUCAAGACCAUCACUGCCGAGCUCACCCGCUCUCUGCCCGCUCGCGUGCCCAAUCGUCAACAGGACGCUAAAAUGACAUUUGAUACAAUCAUUGGUCAUUGUCCCGAGGAGAAGGGCUUUAAUCUUUUAAUGACGUCCCUGGAAAUUAUUGCCAAAAUAAAUGCUUGCACCUUUGUGGGCAGGGAGCUUGGAGCCAAUAAGGGCUGGGUCACAGCCGUCGUGUACUCUCCCCUUUAUGUCUAUUGGGCCGUCACACUUUGCAACGCCACGCCAGACAUUUUGAGGCCGCUGCUGCGUCCUCUGUUCUUUUUGCCGGCACUCAGGAACUACUGGAACAUGCACAGGCUGCUGAAGCCCAAACUGGACAGGGAAAUCGACACGUUCAAAAAGGCGGACGAUAAACGCCAGCUUCUCGUACCAAAGUCUGACGAGGAUCUUCCCUUUACCCACUUUCUGUUGUCCCGGUAUACCGAAGCUGCGGCUACCAUAAAGCAGCUCGUCAUAGACUACAUCCAAGUCAGCUAUACCUCGACGCCAACGACAGCGUCCGCGCUGUUUCAUGCGCUGUGGGAGCUUGCUCAGCGACCCGAGGCUGCCGAGAUUAUGCGCAAGGAGUUAGCGACGGUCAUGGUUGAUGGCAAUCUCCCAAAGACCCAUCUCCAGGAGCUCAAAAGGAUGGAUAGUUUUCUCCGGGAAUCUUUCCGACUUCAUCCUAUCACUCGUUUUACCCUUCAGCGCUAUGUCAAAAAGCCAUUCCAACUUUCCGACGGUCCUCGGAUUCCGCCAGGAGUCAUGGCGGUUAUUGAUGCACAGGAAAUAAACCGAUCGCCCGAGAUUUGGGAAAAUCCUGACGAGUUUGACAUGGAUCGUUUUUAUCGACUGCGCGAGAUUUCUGGCAAUGAAAACCGGUACCAUUUUGUCACGACCAGCUGCAACUCGCCCGGCUGGGGAGACGGGACCCAGGCCUGCCCCGGUCGCUUCUUUGCGACCAGCACUCUAAAAAUAGUCAUGGCUCAUAUUGUCAUCAACUAUGACGUUUCUUUGCGCAGAGUGGUCCCACUUAAGGGCCGACCCUUGGUGAACGGCUCCUACUCGCCGGACGACUCGGUGGAGAUAUUCUUCAAGUCCAGGAAUAAUGAGCCUAUCGCCAUCAUUGGCACCGGCUGCCGCUUCCCCGGAAGCUGCGACAGCCCCUCGAAGCUCUGGCAAUUACUGGAAAAACCACGCGACCUGUUGAAGAAAAUCCCAGAUGACCGAUUCAGUGCUGAUGGGUUUUACCACCCAAAGAAUCUUCAUCAUGGUACUAGCAACGUGCGACACUCUUACCUGCUCGACGAAGAUUUGCGUACCUACGAUGCCCAGUUCUUUGGGGUUAAAGCGAUCGAGGCCAGCUCCAUGGAUCCUCAGCAGCGUUUGCUUAUGGAAACCGUGUACGAGGCUUUGGAAUCGGCUGGGCUUUCUAUUAAGCAACUUCAAGGCUCCGACACGGCCGUUUAUGUUGGCGUCAUGAGCGCCGAUUUUAUGGAUAUGCUCGCGCGUGAUGUCGAAAAGUUUCCAACUUAUUUCGCCACCGGAACUGCACGCAGCAUUUUGAGCAACCGCCUUUCCUACUUCUUUGAUUGGCACGGUCCAUCCAUGACAAUCGACACAGCUUGCUCGUCGAGUCUGAUUGCUUUGCAUCAAGCUGUGCAGGUCCUUCGUUCCAAGCAGUCCAAGGUCGCUGUGGCUGCCGGAUCAAACAUCAUCUUGGGCCCAGAGCAGUUCAUUGCGGAGAGCAAGCUUCAAAUGCUAUCGCCGGAUGGUCGCAGUCGUAUGUGGGACGCUGAGGCUAACGGUUACGCCCGUGGGGAGGGUGUUGCAGCUGUCGUUCUCAAGACCCUGAGCCAGGCUCUCGCUGAUGGGGAUCACAUUGAGUGCAUCAUCCGGGAAACCGGAAUCAACCAAGAUGGCAAGACCCCCGGUAUUACCCAACCGAGUGCCACGGCACAAGCCACCCUGAUUAGAUCCACCUACGCCAGGGCCGGUCUUGAUCUGCGUAAAGCGACCGACCGACCUCAGUUUUUCGAGGCCCAUGGCACGGGUACUCCGGCUGGUGACCCAAUAGAGGCUGCCGCUAUCAGUGAGGCCUUUUUUGGGGAUGAUGUAAAGCCCCAUUCCAGAGACGGCCACGACACUCUAUAUGUUGGAUCUGUCAAAACAGUCAUUGGUCACACCGAAGGAACUGCCGGCCUCGCCGCCAUCAUCAAGGCGUCCACGGCUCUACAGGCAGGCAUUCUUCCGCCAAACCGACUUUUCCACAAGUUGAAUCCCAAGAUUGAGCCUUACUACUCAAAUUUGAAGAUCCUGACAGAGGCUCAACCCUGGCCAAGGCUGCCUGAAGCCGGCACGCGGAGGGUAAGCGUCAACAGCUUCGGGUUUGGAGGUGCAAAUGCACACGCCAUUGUCGAGUCUGCGGAUGCCUACAUCACCAAGAGGGCCGCUGUACCAAACGCUUGCUCGUUCGCUCCCUUUCCCCUGUCGGCCGCCUCGGAGACGGUGCUCGCUGCCAUGAUGGAGCGCCUCAAGAGCUACCUCAAAAGCCAAACAGCCUCCGGCAGCACCGGCGUCAACAUGCGCGACCUGGCGUGGACGUUGUGCAACCGCCGCUCCACCCUGGGGGUCCGCAGCAUGUUACCCGCGGCCAAGAGCCCGCAGGAUCUGCUUGACAAGCUGGAAGCAUCCGCCCAGCUGCCCCCUCCUGUAGUCUCGACCAAAAAGGCGCCCGAAACAGGCCUGAGGGUGUUUGGCGUGUUUACCGGCCAGGGCGCGCAGUGGCCACGCAUGGGAGCUGAGCUGAUUGAAGAUUCGCCCAUGGUCGCCGGCAUUGUCCGUCGCCUCGAUCAAAGUCUGCAGUCUUUGCCGGCCCGGGACAGGCCCUCGUGGACGCUGCGCGACCAACUGCUGGCCCCGAAGGAGUCGUCCCAAGUGUACAUGGCAUCCUUAUCCCAGCCCCUAUGCACUGCCCUGCAGGUAAUACUGGUAGACCUCCUGAGGGUCGCCGGUAUAACGUUUUCCGGCGUCGUCGGUCACUCUUCGGGAGAGAUCGGCGCCGCCUACGCCGCCGGCUACCUCACAGCGUCCGACGCCAUCCGUGUGGCCUACUACCGUGGUCUGCACCUCAAUCUAGUGACGACCAAGGGGGCUAUGCUUGCAGCGGGGACGACUUUCGACGAUGCACACGGGCUCUGCUCCCUGCCCUCGUUUGAAGGUCGCGCAUGCGUGGCUGCGAGUAACUCCCCGACCAGCGUUACCUUGUCCGGCGACGCGGAUGCGAUCGAGGAGAUCCAGAUCAUCCUCGGGGAAGAGAACAAGUUCAACCGCAUGCUCCAGGUCGACCGCGCCUACCACUCGCAUCACAUGAACGUCCUGGCCGAGCCGUACAGGCGAUCGCUCGAGGAGUGUGGGAUCAAACCCCUGCGCCCGGCUGGUGGCUGCCGCUGGGUGUCGUCCGUCUUUACUUGUGACGUCUCCGAUAUACCCUCUGAUGUAAGCCUGGGUAGCUCUUACUGGGUUGCCAACUUGGUCCAACCGGUCCGGUUCACCGAGGCCUUGGAGAUGCUGUACUUGGGUGCUUCGACGAAUGGAGGAUUUGACCUCGCAAUCGAGGUUGGACCGCACCCGGCUCUCCAAGGACCUGUCAAACAAACAGUGCAAGAAUUCACGGCCGACUCACCACUGGCCUACACUGGACUGAUGAAGCGUGGAGAAAACAGCACUGAAGCCAUGUCCAAGGGCCUUGGCUACAUCUGGCAGACAUUUGGGGAAGGCGUCGUGGAUUUCGGUGCAUACGAGGCAUUUUGUGCCGGCGAACCUGCAGCCAAGUCGACCUUUGCCGUCACCAAGGGUCUCCCCACCUAUCCCUGGGAUCACAGCCGAACGCUCUGGCAAGAGUCUCGGUUAUCAAAAGCCUUCAGGACGAGCAAGAAUCCUCCACACGAGCUUCUUGGGCGCCAGCUGCUGGACGGAGUACCAAACCGGUUGCGAUGGCGCAACAUCAUCAAGCGAAGCGAAGUCGAUUGGCUCGAGGGGCAUCAAGUCCAAAACCAGAUCGUCUUCCCUGCGGCCGGGUACAUCUCAGCCUGUGUUGAGGCGUGCAUGCUCGCCUUUGCGGGAGACGAAUCGCCCCCUGUGCAGUGCAUUGAGCUCCUCGACUUUGAAAUCGGACAUGCCAUGGUGAUUGACGAGGACGACAACCUGGGAGUCGAUGCAACGAUUGAGCUGAGCGACAUCACCAAGUCGGACAAGACCAUAGAAGCGAGGUUUGCAUUCCACUCAACCGCCAGCAACGACUCUCUUGCCAUGAACACCCAUGCCGUCUGCAGAGUUGUUGUCAAUCUUGGUGUCUCGGAUCGCCAUGUUUUGCCGUCGAAGCCGCAUGACGAUGACAAGGUCUUCCUGUUGGACGUUGAGGCGGACCGAUUCUAUAAAAACCUCGACGGCCUUGGAUUCAACUACUCUGGGCCAUUCCGCGCACUCGAGGGAUUGAAAAGGCGCCUGGGAUACGCAGAAGGGUUUAUUCAGAAUGCCUCGUCGACAAUGGAUCCAAAAGUCCAACCGCCGUUGCUGGUCCAUCCCGCCACUCUGGACCUUGGCAUUCAGUCCAUCAUGCUGGCGUACUCUUACCCCGGAGAUACCAUGUUGCGCUCAAUCUACCUCCCCACGCGUUUCGAGCGCAUACUCGUCAACCCGGCGCUCUGCGCCGAAUUUGCCGGCCAGCGGGCCAAGGUUCCCUUUGAUGCGGUUGCGUUUACCGGCGCCGUAAAAAGCGUGACGGGCGACAUCAACAUCUACUCGCCUCGGGGAACGUCUUUCAAGGCUCUACAGCUUGAAGGGCUUCAGACCCGGCCGCUGUCGGAGCCCGAGGGCAUUAGUGUCUUUACCGAAAUGUCGUGGAAUGUGGCGACACCCGACGGCGAGAUGGUUGUCGCGACGACCUCGGUCCCACCGCUGGAUGAAGAGUUCUUCUUCACCCUCGAACGUGUGGGCUACUAUUACCACCGCGUGCUCAACAACGCGUUCCCCCGUGACCAACGCAAAGAUUUGGAGUGGAAUUUCAAGAGGCUGCUCGAGUAUAACGAUUCCGUCCUGGACGGCGUCGACAGGGGGACGAACCCGUUUGCGCGGGAGGAGUGGAGGAAUGAUACCAAGGAAAUCAUCACUGAGAUCUUUGACAAAUACCCCAACAGCCCCGAUCUGAGGCUUCUGCGCGCCGUCGGCGAGAACAUCGUAGCCGUGGUGAAGCAAGAGACGACCAUAUUGGAGCACAUGAUCGAGGAAGACAAACUCAACAUAUUCUACGAGUUUGGAGAGGGGUUUCCCCAAUACGCGUCGUACAUGGGUACAUUUGCUGGCCAGCUCGCCCAUCGCUAUCCGCACAUGAAGGUCCUGGAAAUCGGCGGCGGAACGGGCAUGGCCACCAAAGCGAUCAUCAAAGAGGUCGGUGACCAGUUUUCGACGUACGAUUUUACCGACGUUUCCAGUGGAUUCUUCCCCAAGGCCUCGGCCACUUUUGCUGCGUACAAGUCCAAGAUGAACUUUCAAGUUCUCGAUAUCGAAAAAGACCCAGUGGAACAAGGGUUCAAACAAGGCUCGUACGACCUCAUCGUGGCGUCCUUGGUGCUUCACGCCACCCGCAACCUUGCCGAAACCAUGGCGAACGUUCGGAAACUGCUCAAACCGGGCGGUUAUCUUGUGCUGAUGGAGGUCACAGAAAACGAGCAGAUGAGGUUCGGGCUUUUGUUCGGCGGUCUUCCUGGAGCGUGGCUUGGAGCCGAAGAAGGUCGGACUUUAUCUCCCUGCGUCGGUAUGGAAGAGUGGGAGGCGGUUCUCAAGAAAACCGGCUUCGGCGUGGAAGCAUGUGUUCCGCACCACGAAACCCUCCCGGUCCCAUUCUCCGUCAUUGUGGCACAGGCUCUCGACGACAAGGUCGAGUUUUUAAAGCAGCCUCUGGUCCAGGCUGCUCGGGACGGCACUGUGAUCCCCGCUCGGCUGACGAUUGUCGGAGGCGGACGUAACAGUUCUGCGUUGGCUUCCGAGGUGACGAAACUCCUCAGCCCGCGCUAUGGAAGCAUCCGAUACAUUGAGUCUCUGGAGAAGGUCCAAGGCGACGAUCUAGGGGUGGGCGGCAGUCUCCUGUGCUUGGCAGAUCUCGACGGCCCUGUGCUCAAGUCUAUAGACCAAAGCAAGCUUCGUGGCUUCCAGGACAUCUUCCAGCACUCCAAAAACGUCCUCUGGGUCACGAGUGGUGUGCGCGAGGGAGACGCCUACGCGAGGAUGGUGAUUGGAUUCGGGAGGACCAUUGUGCUUGAAAUGCUGCACCUGCGACUCCAGUUCCUCGACCUCGAGUCCAAAACGACACCGAGCGCCCCGGCCAUUGCCGCCGCGAUGCUCCGAUUUGACGUCACGGGAUCUUGGGAGGAAGAACACGGGGAUAUGUCGUCUUCUCUGUUGCACUCUACCGAACCUGAGCUGUUCCUCGAUGCCAAGGGGAGACUCUUUGUCCCCCGCUUCAAGCACAAUCACGAGAUGAACAACCGCUACCGGUCGAGCAAGGCCAACGUCAAAGAGAUGGUGGACACAGACGCUUGUACCCUCGAGCUUUGUCAUUCGACCGAGAGUGAGACGUGGCAGCUCACCAAGGUUGAUGCUCCUGCGACCCUUCCGUUGUGGGUUUCACGGGAGCACCUCAUCGACGUGCAUGUCAUGUACUCUGUCAAUCAGUCCGUGGCCAUGACAAAAGACUGCUUCCUUUUCCCAAUCUUGGGAAAGGAGAGCCGCACAGGAAAGCUCGUUGUGGGAUUGGCUGCGACCCUGACGUCCAAAGUCGCCAUUCCAAGCUCCUUCAUUCUCCAGGGCAUGUUCAUCUCAGAGGACCGUGCAGUCGACACUCUCGAGACCUUCUUCUCCGUCUUGAUUGCACACGCAGCUCUGGGCAGUGAGGAUUUGUCCGGCACCCGAGUCAUCAUGGUAGAGCCCCGGGACCAAUUGGCAAGCUCCGUCGGCGGGCUUGCGACUGACGGGAACGCCAGCGUGCUUUAUCUGACGUCCAAGCUUGGAACCCAAUGGACUCACGUGGGACCGAAGACGCCGAAGCUGGCCAUCAAACAGAUGAUUCAGCGUGAUGCUGGCGCCCAGUCCAGCUGCUGCAUCUUGGACAUGACGGAGGACGGCGGUCUCACUACGGCCAUUUCCAGCUUCUUGUCACCCACCCAGCGUCGCGUCAUCCGGAGAGCCGACUUGACUGCUCAAUCUGGCUUUUUGCCCACGCGUGACUGCUCCAAAGAGAUCCAAUCGCUCGUUUCCCGUGUGUUCCAUUACAUGAUGAGCAGACCGGACGGGUCGGCCGAGCUACCGGUGCUUGCACCCACUGACGCGACGGCGCCGGAGACGCCCUCGGAGUUUGUCGUCUCUUGGAAUUCGACACCUAGGACGGUCGCCGUGUCUGUGCAGCCCAUCGAAACCAAGGUCAAGUUUCAGUCCGACAAGACUUACUGGCUCGUCGGUCUCACUGGUAACCUCGGCCUAUCGCUCUGCGCAUGGAUGGUAGACCAAGGCGCCCGUCACAUCGUCGUCAGCAGCAAAAACCCCAAGAUCGACCGCGCUUUCUUUUCCAAGAUGAAGGCAAAGGGCGUCAACUUCAAAGUGCUUCCCCUCGACGUUUGCGACCGUGACUCUGUUCGGGCGACAUACAAGACCAUGGAGAGCACGAUGCCGGCUGUAGCUGGAGUAUGCCAAGGCGCCAUGGUGCUGCACGAUACCAUGUUUACAGAGCUCGACGUUGAGCGGGUCGAAAAGGUCACCAGGCCCAAGGUGCAAGGCAGCCUGUACCUCGAGGAAAUCUUCCACGACACGGCCCUGGACUUUUUCGUCUUUUUUUCCUCCAUAGCCUCCGUCGUCGGCAACCCGGGCCAGUCGGCCUACGCCGCAGCAAACAUGUUCAUGUCCGGCCUCGCGACGCAACGCAGAAAACGGGGACUAAACGCGUCGGCCGUGGCGAUCGGCGCCAUCUUUGGCAACGGGUACGUCACGAGAGAGUUGACGCUCGCACAGCAGGAAUAUCUGAAAAAGGUCGGGAACCGGUGGCUGUCGGAGCAGGAUUUCCACACCCUCUUCGCCGAAGCCGUCUUCGCCGGCCGGUCACACCGCGGUAAAAACCACGAGUUCGCCACGGGGCUGAUGACUAUCCAAGACGGCGACGACUCUGGCCAGAGAGUCACUUGGUUCAAAAACCCCAUGUUCCAGCACUCGGUGAUGACGGGUGGGAACCAAGGACAGGCCGCCGAGACUGCCAAGAGCCACCGAAGAGUCCAGACCAAGGUUUUGCUUCAAAACGCCGUCAGUGCCGAGGAAAUCCGCGACAUCAUCUACGGCGCCUUUGCCCUCAAGCUGCAGGAGGCUUUGCAGGUCGAAAAGGACCGUCCUGUCGGCAACCUGACGGCGGAUGCUCUCGGCAUCGACUCGUUGGUCGCCGUUGACAUCCGAUCCUGGUUCAUAAAGGAGCUCCAGGUCGAAGUUCCAGUGCUCAAGAUUCUCAGCGGCGCUACGGUCGACGACAUCAUUGCUCAAGCUCAGAAGCUGCUGCCCAAGGAACUGAUACCCAAAUUUGACGAGAAGGCAACCGGCCUCAGCAAGCCGCGGGUAAAGUUGGAGCAGCCGGCAGCUGCGCCACCGGCAUCGCCAGUGCAAAAGCAGGAACCGGCCAAGGCCAGGCUUGAAAAGGCUACAGCGCCAGCCAUUGAUCCUCCAGCGCAGAAGGUGAACAAGUCGGCUCCGCCAACCAAGAUCGAAACUGCCCCUCAGACCUCCGAGUCAGCAAUGUUAGUGUCGAUACCAUUUGAUGACAAAAGCUCCAGCUCCAAAUCCACCCCUAGCUCUGAGGACUACAGCCAGAUCCUCAGCUCCUCCAGUGGUUCUUCGCCGUGGAAUUCCAAAAGUUCGUGGUUCGAGAUUGAGAAGCCCGACAGCCCAGACGCCCCACCACUCUCGCGCGGCGCAGGCGACAGUCUCACCCAGGCAGCCAUAAGCAAACAUCUGGAAGAAAACCGGGCCGUCGCCAGCGCCGGCUUCGAGAUCACCAACAGCGGGCCCAUUUCAUUUGCCCAGUCCAGGCUCUGGUUCCUGCAGCACUUGCUCGAGAAUCCCGCUUCGGCUCUCAACAUAACCGUGGACAUCAACCUCCAAGGUCCUCUCAACGUCCAGAAGCUGGAGGAAGCGGUCGCUUCAGUGGGGAGGCGACACGAGGCCCUCCGUACCAGGUUCACGGCCGCCGAGAACUCGGAAGGCGUCAUGCAGGAGGUGCUCGCAGCAUCGUGUCUGGGUCUCGAAGUCUAUGACAUCAAGGGCGCUGCUGACGCCGAGGCCUUUUACAAGGCGCUGUCGGCGCACAGGUACAGGCUCGACCGGGGUGAAAAUAUGAGAAUCGUGCUCCUUCGUAUGAGUUCAAAGUCGUUCCGCCUCCUCAUCGGUUAUCACCAUAUAAACAUGGACGGCGUGAGUCUCGAGAUUGUUUUGCAAGAGCUGCAGCUCGGAUACAGCGGUGGCGCUCUCAAGCCCGAGUCGCAAAUCUUGCAGUACCUCGACUUUUCCAAAAAGCAACAUUCGGACUAUGACUCCGGCCGCUUGGCUGACGAUCUUGCAUUCUGGCGCAACGAGUUCCGAGGCCAGUCCCCGCCUGUGCUUCCUCUUUUACCUCUGGCCAAGAUUCAAUCCCGCAUACCUUUGACCACGUAUUCGAUAACCACGACCGAAUUCUGCCUAAAUGAAAAGGAGACGCAGAAGAUCCAGGCAGUCUGCCAAAUGUUAAAAGUGUCACCUUUCCACUUCCACCUCGCCAUUUUCUACACCCUCCUGGCGCGACUCGUCGACGUCGACGAGCUGUGCAUUGGCGUCAGUUCGGCGAACCGCCAAACUCCCGAAACCAUGUCAAGCGUUGGCAUGUACCUCAAUCUCCUGCCGCUGCUUUUCAAAAUCGACCGCAGCCAGACUUUUGCAAACGCUAUCAAGAUGGUCCGAACCAAGGCUCUGGCGGCUUUCAGCCACGCCGCGGUGCCGUUCGACCUUAUGAUCAAAGACCUCGGCGUCGCCGGUACCAGCUCCCACAGCCCCGUAUUCCAGGCCAUGGUCAACUACCGGCCGGGAGUAUCGACCGUUCGACAGUUUUGCGACUGCGAUAGUGAGGUUCUCAGCUUCAAGCAGGGCGAGGUGCCUUACGACUUGGCUUUGGACAUUAUGGAAAACCCCGGCGGUUCAUCCCUGAUCAUGCUGACCGGCCAGUCAGUCUACUACGGCAGGACGGAAAUGGAGCUCAUAAAGGGAAUCUACCUAGAGCUCGUCAAGUCCAUUGCUCAGAACCCAGCAACUCGAUUGAAGGCUGCGACCAUUUUCAACACCAGUCAGGUCAAUGCUUCUAUCGAAUUUGGACGCGGUCUCUAUCAAAAGCCACAAUGGCCCGCCACGUUGGUGCAUCGCAUCGAUGACAUGGCCGAGCGUUACCCUGAUAACAUUGCCGUCAAAGAUGGUCAGGGAAACCGCAUUACCUACCGAGAGAUGUCGCAGAGAAUCGAUUGCAUCAGUCACGCUCUAAGCAACGACUCUUCUCACCCCGUUGGCGUCAAGAGCAAAGUCGGCGUUCUCCUUGAUCCAAGCUCGGACUGGAUUUGCUCGAUUCUGGCCAUCCUGCGCCUAGGAGCAACAUAUGUGCCCCUUGACAUCGUCACGGGAUGGGAAAGGCUAUCGUCCGUUGUUCGUGAUUGCGAGCCGAGCCUCAUAUUGGUUAACAACCGCCUACAGUCCCAAACGAAAAAUCUCGGGGACGCCAUGGCAACUACGCAAUUCGUCAAUAUUGAGAACCUCGCCCCGGCUACAAAGCUACGUAGAUGUCCCAUCGCAGCCGAGGCUGACCAUGUCGCUGCCCUCAUGUAUACCAGCGGAUCGACAGGUGUACCCAAGGGGAUAGUCAUCAAGCACGAAUCCAUGCGCAACAGCAUCGAGGCUUUCACAAAAGUGGUGGAAUACCGCGAGGGACACGAGGUUUCGCUCCACCAGAGCUCGUACAGCUUCGACAUGUCACUGAGUCAAAUCUUCCUAGACCUUUCCAACGGAGGGACUGUACAUGUCGUCCCUAGGGAGCUGCGCGGCGACCCAGAGGCCAUCUCGUCCAUAAUCGCCAGAGAGGGCAUCACCUUCACGAGUGCCACCCCGUCCGAGGCCAUCUCUUGGAUCGAGCACGGAAGUCGCUCAGAGCUUGGCAGGUCCAGCUGGAGAACACUAGUCUGCGGAGGCGAACCGGUCAAGGAGAGUUUGGUCAACAGCCUGCGCAAGAUAGCCAAGUCGGAUCUGGCCUUCUUCGAUGGCUACGGCCCUACCGAAGUCACGUUUUGCUGCGCCAUGAGGGUGGUCGACUACCGCAGCGACGCGCCGCCGAGCACCGAGGCGGGAGGGUUCAAGCCCUGGCCCAACGUCUCGGUCUACAUCCUCGACGCCGACCAGAAGGUCGUACCUGCUGGCGUCAUGGGCGAGAUCGCAGUCGGCGGUGGGGGUGUCGUCGCGGGAUACAGCGACCACAAGCUGAGUUCUGCCGCCUUCAAGCAUGACAAAUGGGCCUCUCCCGAGUUCGUCCAGAGCGGCUGGACCCGUCUGCACCUGACGGGAGACGUUGGCAAGAUCGACCCGACCGACGGCACGCUCAAGCUCAAGGGGAGGAUCGCCGGCGACACCCAGAUCAAGCUCCGGGGAAUGCGCCUCGACAUUCGCGAGGUCGAGCUGGCCAUCGUGAAGACCGCCGAAGGCCAGAUCAAGGACGUCGUGGUCACAGCGCACAAGAACAAGGCGACGGGCGCCAGCUCUCUGGUUGCGUUUGCCAUCACGGCUGAUCCCAAGGCUUCUCACGACUUCAGCGGCGUCCUGGCUCGGCUUCCUCUGCCACAGUACAUGCGCCCGGCGGCAAUUUUCCCCGUCGACAGCUUCCCCACCAACGCAUCAGGCAAGGUCGAUAGGAUCGCCAUCAAAAAUCUCCAUCUGCCUCAGACCCAAGACUUUGAUCGCAGUUCGGCCGCCAACAGUGAUGCCCACCUCACAGACACGGAAUCACGGCUGGCGCAGCUCUGGACUCGGGUCAUAACAGAGGGUGUAAUUUCACAGUACCAAAUCACCAACGAGUCCAACUUCUUCCACGUCGGGGGAACCUCCAUCUUGCUCGUUCAGCUUCGGUCGGCAAUCGAGGCCUCAUUCGGCACAAGGCCCACCCUGUUCCAGCUUUUUGAGGCAGGUACGCUGGCAGCCAUGGCGGCCCUCAUAGCACCGCCGCUCUCGUCCUCCAGCUCGACGCCAUUAUCCAAGAGUCCCAAGCAUCUCGACACCACUUGCACCGCAGAGACGGACUGGGAGGAGGAAACACGCAUCUCUCCGGACCUCGUCAACCUGCGCGGCGGGCGCGACCACUUUGGGAACCCUACUGUUGUCGUCCUGACCGGCGCAACGGGCUUCCUCGGCAGAUCCAUCCUGACACGACUGCUGCAGGACAAGGUCGUGGAAAAGAUCCACUGCCUCGCGGUGCGGAGCGAUCCCAACGACGACCUCUUCCGCUCCCCCAAGGUUGUCGUGCACCGGGGAGACUUGGCAACUCACAACUUUGGAAUGCCGACCAAGGAGCUCUCUGACAUCUUCUCCGAGGCGCACGCCGUCAUCCACAACGGCGCCGACGUGUCCUUCAUGAAGACGUACGCUACGCUCAAGCCGGCCAACUUUGACAGCACCAAGCAGCUCGUGCGCCUGUGCCUGCCGCGCCGCAUCUCCUUCCACUACGUUUCCUCGGCCAGCAUCGUCCAGCUUACGCAGAAGGAGGUCUGGGGCCUCGAGUCAGUCCAAGAUUACCCUCCCAUAUCGAGCAGGAAUGCGAGCGGCUACGUGGCGAGCAAGUGGGCCAGCGAACGGUACCUCGAAAAGAUCAGCGACAAGUGCGACUUGCCGAUCUGGGUCCACCGGCCGUCUUCCAUCAAAAACACCGAGGCGGCGGCGGCGGCGGGCCAGCCGGCCGGCGACCUCAUCUCCAACCUGAUGCACUACUCGCGCGAGCUCAAAUCCAUCCCCGAGAUGUGCUCGUGGGACGGCUGGCUCGACUUUGUCACGGUGGAGACGACGGCCUCGGAGAUCGUCGACGAGGUUUACAAGGACUUUUCCUGGCCCGGCCGUGUGUGCUACCUGUACCAGAGCGGCGACGAGAUCAUCCCGCUGGCGGACCUCAGGUCCACGCUGCAGUGCGAGGCCGGCUGCGAUUUUGAGGUGCUAAAGAUGGACGCCUGGGUGGCGAGGGCCAAGGCCAAAGGCAUGAGCGAGCUGCUUGGGGAUUAUCUCUGUGCUUCGGCCAACACCCCUGUGAAGUUGGCCAUGUUGCAAAAGGAAGAGGUUUGGCAUUGA